CCCGUUACCGUCAUCCCCGAACCUGUUGAUUGUUUUGUCGCGCCUUCCGGGAUGGUUUCCGGUUAUUCUCACACCGUCACCUGACUUCACAUUACGUUUUUCGUGCCUGUUUGUGUGUGUGUGCGUGAUCUGAGAUUUUUAAUUUUCGGUGUGUGGCCUUUCGAUUUUAAAGGGUGGUUUUGUGCGCUGAACCACGAUACGCCACGGGGGAGUGAUCGGCCUAUGGGCCAAUCCGAUAGGGGGCAAAAAGGCCGGGGGAAAACCCGGGCCCCCGGUCAUGCGCCACACCGGAUUCGGGAAACUGGGCGGACUCAUCAACAAUGCCGUACACGCCACCAAACGCACCACCGCCCCACAGCCUACCAACGGGGACAUCCAGUGGUGCUUCUCGCAGGUGAAGGGCACCCUGGACGACGACGUGACCGAGGCGGACAUCAUAUCCUGCGUGGAGUUCAACCACGACGGAGAACUAUUAGCAACAGGCGACAAGGGUGGGCGCGUCGUGAUCUUCCAGCGUGAUCCCGCUUCGAAACAGGCGUUGCCCCGCAGGGGCGAGUACAACGUCUAUUCCACGUUCCAAUCGCACGAACCGGAGUUCGAUUAUCUCAAGAGUCUGGAGAUCGAGGAGAAGAUCAACAAGAUACGGUGGUUGAAGCGGAGGAAUCCCGCACACUUCCUCCUGAGCACCAACGACAAGACUAUUAAACUGUGGAAAGUGUCCGAGCGAGACAAGAAAGUCGAAGGAUAUAAUACGAGAUCGGAGAACGGUUCGUUGAUCGAUCCGGCCAAUGUAAGCGCACUACGGGUGCCGGUUAUCAAGCCGAUGGAACUGAUGGUUGAGGCGUCGCCGAGGAGGAUCUUUGCAAACGCCCACACUUACCACAUCAACUCGAUAUCGGUGAAUAGCGAUCAAGAAACUUAUCUGUCAGCGGACGAUCUACGCAUCAAUCUCUGGCAUCUCGAGAUCACCGAUCAGAGCUUCAAUAUUGUUGACAUAAAGCCGACCAACAUGGAAGAACUCACUGAAGUGAUAACGGCGGCAGAGUUUCACCCAGUCGAAUGCAAUUUGUUCGUGUACAGCAGCAGCAAAGGUACGAUACGACUGUGCGACAUGAGGGCGGCCGCCCUGUGUGACCGACAUGCCAAGUUGUUCGAGGAACCCGAGGAUCCUACAAACCGUUCGUUCUUCAGUGAAAUCAUCUCGAGUAUAUCGGAUGUCAAACUAUCGAACAACGGCAGAUACAUGAUUUCCAGAGACUAUUUGUCGGUGAAAGUUUGGGACCUGCACAUGGAGACCAAACCAAUCGAAACGUAUCCCGUACACGAAUACUUGAGGGCGAAGCUGUGCUCACUGUACGAGAACGACUGCAUCUUCGAUAAAUUCGAGUGCUGCUGGAACGGCAACGACACCGCGAUCAUGACUGGCUCGUACAACAACUUCUUCCGGAUGUUCGAUCGGACAACGAAGCGGGAGGUGACGCUGGAGGCGUCGCGGGACAUUGCGAAGCCGAAAACGGUGCUGAAGCCGCGGAAAGUGUGCUCGCAGGGUAAACGGAAAAAGGACGAGAUCAGUGUGGACUGUUUAGAUUUUAACAAGAAGAUCCUGCACACCGCUUGGCAUCCGACGGAGAAUAUUAUCGCGGUCGCGGCAACUAAUAACUUAUUUCUGUUCCAAGACAAGUUCUAGGGUAAUUGCGGUUCGUCUCAUAUUCAGGUUGUUUUUUUUUAUUAUUAUUAUUGUUGUUUCGCAUUACUGAUGUUCGUGUGGAAUACUUUUAUUAUCUCAGUUCAUUACAGUUCUUUUUUUUUCAAUGUUUGUCCUUUACUACGUUUUAUUUUUACUAUUAUUUAAUUAAUUAUUAUGGUAUUAAACUUUCUCACAUAAAAUCUCAAUUUGUUAUAUUGAUUAUAUUGUUGUGAUAUUGAAAUAAAAGUUAUUUUACACCCACGAAUAUUUUAUUUUAACACCAGAUAACAUGGCAUUUUAUGUGAAAAAGUAUGUGACCUUUUGUUGUAAAACCAAUGUGAUAUUCUUAUAUGGUAUUGUUAAAAUCGUGAAUAGUAUUUGUAGGUUUAAAAACAAACAUAAAAUGCAAAAUAACUAAAUGAACCACUGUCUUUAAACGACUCUUUGUUUUGAAUUAUGAUAUUAAAUACUGUACAGAUUAAGGAAUCUUAAUCUAAAAUUUACAAACUUCAUAACAUGUAUUUUUUUUAAUAUAGAUUUUUUUAUUGUCUAUUCAAAGUGCAUAUGUAACAAAUGUAUUUUUUAUUAACAAGAUUUAAACGAUGUAAAAUAUUUUUUAUAAAAGCAAUAAACUUAAGAACAAUGUAAUAUUUAAUUAGUUUAAUUUUAUUAAGUUUUGAUUUACACCUCAGUAGAUAUAAAUAAUGUAAUUGUGACAAUUAAAAAGAGGUUUUUACCAUACAAUUACAUGUUUAAACAGACAAUAAGAAUAUCUUAUGAAAUUUUAACGCUGUUUCUGAAUUCUGAUCAGUAUUUAAGCGAACAAAAAGGUUUUGUUCUGUGGUUCAUUUAUCGCAAACAACUUAGACAAAAAUACUUUAUACAAUUUUAUUAUGUACUAUAUUUUAAUCAUGUUUAAAGCCUUUUGUGGACUGAGUUUCUUCCUGUUUCAUGACUUUUGCUCCACUACAACCGUUCCCAACCGUAAACUUGUUAUACGAUUUUUACACUCGCAAUAUGUAGUUUUACAUAUCAAAUGCCACACACCGUUUUACGAUUGGGAAGUGUUGUUCGGAAAGCAGAAGAAAUUACCGACCAUUAGUACUCAGUGUGACUGUUUUAGUGUUUCAUAAAAAUAUUAAAUUUUUAUGUAAAACAAACCCGCAAAUAUCACUAUUUAGAGAAGUGUAUUCUCGUAGUAAACCAUUUUAGCUUCGGGGAAAGUGUCUAAGAUUUUAACCGGUCUGCCUCAGUAAUGCCUUCAUUUUGAUGGUUCGGGCAUUCUUCAAACUAGGAAAAUAUUCAGUUGUAUGGCGUAAAAGUUUAGAUUAAAUGAAUACUGUACAAAUUGUAAAUAUAUAUACAGAAUUAAUUUUUUACCAGUAAUUUUGCGUUUAGUUGUCGAUUGUGUACAUUAAAUGAAAAUUGUAGCGAGUCUUAUUAUGCUUCUGAAUAUGGACAGUGCAAAAGUAUGCCUUACAGUGCCAUUUGUAUUUGUAUAAAAUACCUAUAUCUCUGAUUAAAACUGUGCAAUUCACUUAUGCAAACGAUCAGAGAACCGAAUGCAAUCAAAACAAUUAUUUUUGUGGGCUUUGGCUUAACCAAUAUUAAAGAAAAUUAUGAACAGUAAUAAUUUUAGGUUUAAGCGUAAAUUAUAAUUUAGUUUGUAAGUUUUGGUUAUGAAUAAGACACCAAAUAAAUUAUUCUAAGUUAUAUGUAAUGUAAUGAAACUUUGUUAUUUUUUUUGCGUCGAAUCGUGUACAUUCCGUGUUUUCAAACUGGUCAUAUUCUAAAUUGCUGUAAUCAUUAUAUACAGUUGAUAUACAUUUUCAGUAAUACAGAAACUUACAUUUA